AUGGAGGAGGAACCAUCAAAUCUCCCAGUUUCGUUAUGGGGCCGGGUUUCUGCCUUUGAGACGAGGGCUAGGGAAGCAUACAAAAGAAAGCCAAUCUCACAUUGGAUUCUUCUUGUUCUAAGCAGUGCGGCAAUGCUCGUAGCGUUCCCUGCAUCAAGCCUUCUGUCUCGUGUCUAUUAUGCCAAUGGUGGCACUAGCAAGUGGAUCAUUUCAUGGGUGGCAGUUGCAGGGUGGCCUCUGACUGCUUUGAUCUUGCUCCCUACAUACUUGGUCUGCAAAGCCUCUCCUACUCCCCUCACUUUAAAACUUACUUAUUCUUAUAUUGUGCUUGGUCUCUUAAGUGCUGCUGACAACCUCAUGUAUGCUUAUGCAUAUGCUUACCUCCCAGCAUCUACUGCUUCUCUUCUCGCAUCAUCAUCUCUAGUAUUUUCUGCAUUGUUUGGAUAUCUACUUGUGAAGAACAAGCUAAACGCUGCAAUAGUAAACGCUGUUGUUGUCAUUACUGCUGCUAUGACCAUCAUUGCUUUGGAUUCAGAUUCAGACAGAUAUGGAAAUGUCACUGAUAAGCAAUACAUUUGGGGUUUUGUAUGGGAUAUUUUAGGGUCUGCUCUCCACGGACUCAUAUUUGCUCUUUCGGAGCUAGUUUUCGUGAAGCUAGUUGGUAGAAGGUCCUUCCAUGUUGUGUUGGAGCAGCAAGUGAUGGUCUCUUUGUUUGCGUUUGUAUUUACCACGAUUGGAGUAAUUGUGAACAACGAUUUUCAGGGAAUGAAAUAUGAGGCCAGAAGUUUCAAGGGUGGUAAAUCUUCUUAUUACCUUGUUCUCAUUUGGAGCACCAUCAGUUUCCAGCUGGGGGUAUUAGGGAGUGUUGCUGUGCUUUUUUUGUCGUCCACUGUUCUUGCGGGUGUCCUGAAUGCAAUAAGGGUACCCCUCACAAGCAUUGCAGCUGUCAUUUUGUUAAAAGACCCAAUGAGCGGCUUGAAGAUCCUCUCUCUGGUCGUCACAUUUUGGGGCUUUGGCUGCUACAUCUAUGGCAGUUCCUCUACAAGUAAAGAUUCCUCUUGA